AUGCAUCACAAUGAAGCCGCGCAUCAUCAAGAGGGAGAACAACACAUGCAGGAUGGCAGGAAGGUGGCGAAACACACGGUGAGGAGGAAGUGGAGUGAUAGUCAUAAUGGGUCUAUGCGGGACAUCUAUUCGAAGGAUGGUCAGGCGAAAAAGGAAAGUUGGGGGGAAGAGCAACAUUGUAGGGGAAGCCAAAUGAACAGCCACACACCCCCGAACAGCAACGCGAUUGAUGCAAAGCUAAGCAGCGGAAGGUGCCCGCUUCGCAACUCCUACGUCAACGUACUAUAUUUUAAAAAAUUAAAAUUAAAUAAAAAAUUGUUCGAAAAAAUGAAAAAUAAAAAUAUUGUCAUAUAUUUAAAGUAUAAAGAAACGACAUGCACAAGUAAAAGCAUCAAAAUCAACGACUCAGAAAUAGCCAACUUAUAUUUGAGUUUUCUCAUUACGGAGCCGCUCGCAAAAAAUGAAAAACAAAUUAUAAAAAUUUACAUAAAAUAUUUUAAAGACAAGAAAUAUAAAAUUCUUUCUUUCGGAUUUGUUGAAUUAAAUUUUGAAGAAUUCACAGAAAAGUUUUAUAAAAAAAAAUGCUACAUGUUAUGUUACGAUAAGAACAGCAAUAAGUAUGUAUUUGGCUACUUCGUCUUGUUGUUGGCCAAUCAGAUUAAGUGGACCAUAUGCAACAGGAAAAUUUCUCAUGAGUUUAUUAACAAGUCAUAUUUCGUAUGGGAUAGAAAUAAUUAUGAUCAUCAGAUUUUUUACAUUUGUAAAAAAAUUCAGAGCUUCCUAUUGCAGUCGGUUAGCUCCCGGGGGGGUAGUCAGGGGCACGCCUUUCAAAGCCUCGCCCUGCUCAAGCAUUUCGGGGUCACGCACAGCUGCCCGGGGACGUUCAGGUGGAGAAAGCCGAAGCAGCGGAUAUCCGCUAGGGAGGGCACGUCAAGCAGAGGGGGGGAGGAAGAAGCGGGGAACUUCGAGGGGGGUGAAGCGCAGGGGAAGACAGAAGUUUGUUCGAGUGAACCCCAUGGGAAGAUCGCCAUAUGCGGGUCCUUAACGCGCCUGGAGGAUUCAUCCCCAAGUGAACGGAGCGAUCAAGCGGAACCAAGCUCGCCAGAUAACCAAGACGAUGUCAUCAAAAAGGGGCCCUCAAAAAAGGGUCUAGAAGAGACGGAUGUGAGUGGUGACAGGGUGGAAGAGCCAUACGAGUCCAACGAGCUCAACGAGCUAAACGAGCUAAACGAUCUAAACGAAUUUAACAAGCCCAACAAAUUUAACAAUCCCAACGAGACCAACCCUUUCCCCACCGCAGACGAUAUGCAGAGCGAAAAUUCUGCCACGGAUGAGGCGGAAGCGUGCGCCCCAUAUGCGGCCCAGUACGAUGCCACCCACUGCCUGGAAAGCAUAACCGCAGCAGGCCCCUUCUCUUCAACGGAGGACCUAAAUCAAACGAUGCAAAAGGGGGAUCCUCCAAGUUGCUCUCAAAACAGCCGAGUGGAGGGAACAAACGCAAACGAGGAAAGCAAUGUAGAGGUGCAUAGUGACGCGUAUAAACAGUCAGAGUUGCGCGAAACGAGCAGGUUUUACUCUCACGAUGAGACGCAGAAGGAAGAAAAGGACGAGACGCAGAAGGCGGAAAAGGAUGAGCCGCGGAUGGCAGAAACGGACGAGCCGCCUUGGGAAAACCCUUUUGAUUUAAUUCUACGCGAAAAGGUGGAAAACAUUUUAAACAACGAUGUAGACCAUUUCGUAGAGGAAGUCCAAUUUAUUCUCACACACCUAAAAAAAAGGAUCAUAAAAAAAAAUGAAUUUUUUUGCAGGGAGCUAAAAAAUGGGUACCCAGACGUUGAAGUGGUAACGAAAGAUCACGUCGCAGAAAAGGGGGACACGAAAAACGAAGAGGAUGAGGAUGAAGAUAUAGAAAAAAAAAAAAUCCCCAUUGCGCAUCUCACAAAUGGUGAAAAACAAAGCGAACAGAACUGUAACGUACAAAAGGACAUACUUACCAUUUUGCAAAAUUGUGUAAACACCACUUCGCUUUAUAUCAAAUCCGUUUUGAAGGACAAACAUGUGAGCAAACAGGAGAAGGGCAUUUUUGUCGUGUACGAUGAUAUCGUAGAUAAUAUAAAAAAGGCACUAUCCCAGUUUUUGCAAGAUGGCACAUCACAUGAGCAAAAUUUAAACAUUUCGCGAAUGAAGUCGAUAAGUUUGGGGGAAAAAAAAAAAGAAAAAAAAAUUACAAAGAAGAAAAGCCAAUCUGACUCCCCCCAAAUGUGUACCCUUCGUAAGGAGAGCCAUGUAUCUUCCGAAAUGAGCAUUGGCGAGGGUUCGCGCGACCAACAUAAGAGCUACAUCGGCAGACACGUGUCGACGGCCUUGCGACACUACAAGGAUAAGUGGAAGCGCAAGUUGUCCGGAGCUCGCAGUUACGUUUGA